ACUAUAUGCCGAGCUUGUUGGCUGUCAGAAGCAUAACCUCCAGGAAAAGUGACAUUUUUAGAUAAAUUUCCGGAUUUAUUGGUGUAAUGAUGGAUAUACGGCCAAAUCAAACUAUCUACAUAAACAACCUCAAUGAGAAAAUUAAAAAGGAUGAGCUGAAAAAAUCCUUAUACGCCAUUUUCUCACAAUUUGGUCAGAUUCUCGACAUUGUCGCGCUCAAAACAUUGAAGAUGCGAGGCCAAGCGUUCGUUAUUUUUAAGGAAAUUGCAAGUGCUUCAAACGCGCUACGUACAAUGCAGGGAUUUCCUUUCUACGACAAACCAAUGCGGAUAGCUUACGCGAAAACCGACAGUGAUGUGGUUGCACGAAUGAAGGGAACCUACAAAGAGCGGCCGAAGAAGAUCAAACCACCGAAGCCGGCACCGUCAGAGGAGAAAAAAGAGAAGAAAAAGAAGGCCGCAAAUAACGCCGACUCAGCGUCAGCUAACUCGACAGUGGAACAACCUCCGAAUCAAAUUCUCUUCCUCACAAAUCUACCGGAGGAGACAAAUGAAAUGAUGCUUUCUAUGUUGUUCAACCAAUUCCCCGGCUUCAAAGAGGUCCGUCUUGUUCCCAACCGACACGAUAUUGCUUUUGUGGAGUUCGCGACAGAGCUACAGAGCAGUGCGGCGAAGGAAGCACUGCAAGGAUUCAAGAUUACCCCGUCGCAUGCGAUGAAAAUUACAUUCGCUAAAAAGUAAAACAUUUUCAUUUUAAACGCAACCUUUUAUAUGUAAAAUAUUACAAACUAGAAUAAAAUCAAUUAAUUUGAAGUGAAUAA